CUUUAAGCGCGUACUUCAUCCCUUGAUGCAUCCGUCCUGAGCUGAAGCUCGAAAUGUGAACAUAUGCGCUACGUGAGCCGAGCCCACGCAUGGGAAGAAAACAGUGCUGGCGAUAUCGACUGCAGGAGUGAAUAGAUUGCGCUUCGAAUCGACUUUCGCUGCCACUGCUCGAGUUCCGUGGAAAGCGAGGAAUAAGUAAACCGCUUCUCGUGGUCUGGACAAUGUCACAGUAAAGCUUCAAUAACGCCAGCUGCGGAAGAGGCUGCGGACAGCGUAUCCAGAGGUUUUCGGAUAGCAGUUGCAUCGUCGUCGUCAUGGUUGUGCGCUACUUUCACGCGGCCGACUACGGCGUGCUGGUGGCCGUGUUGGGUCUUUCGUCAUUCAUUGGAGUCUACUUUGCCUGGAAAGACCGCCGCAGCACCAACAACAGGGAGUUCCUCGUGGGCAACAGGCAGUUACAGGUGUUUCCUGUGACAAUGUCGAUGAUGGCGAGCUUUCUAUCGGCGGUCGCAAUACUGGGCGUACCUUCGGAGAGCUUCAUACACGGCUCGCAGUACGUGGUCAACUUCAUCGGCAUCAUCGUGGGCAUCAUAUUGGCCGUCCACGUCUUUCUGCCGGUGUUCUACGAGAUCGACAUGAUCAGUGUCAAUCAGUACCUGGAAAAGAGGUUCAAAUCUGUGCUCAUCCGGAAGCUUGCGUCGUUGAUGACUACUGUGCAAAUGUGUUUCUACAUUGGAGCAGUGCUGUACGCUCCGUCGCUUGCGCUUGGAUCCGUGACAGGCCUUCCAGUGCAGGCCUCCAUCUUGCUCAACGGUGGAGUCUGCGCCUUUUACACGGCGAUUGGAGGAAUCAAAGCCGUCGUCUGGACCGACGUAAUACAGAUGGUGCUGAUGGUUUCUGGAUUGCUUAUUGUCUUGAUUCAGGGCUUAAUUAUGACUGGUGGACCUGCGCCAGUUUUUGAAGCCGUCGACAAGCAUGGACUAUUGGAGUUUUUUGACAUGAGCUUCGACAUGCAGAAGACCUUCACCUUCUGGAGUGUGGUCAUCGGCUGCUCUGUCGUCUGGAGCAUGGCCUUCUGCACCAACCAGAGCAUGAUUCAGCGAUUCUGCGCCCUCGGCUCCAUUCGCAAGGCACGCACGGCGCUGUACAUCAACAUGCUGGGCGUGGCGAUCACAAUGACGUUGGCUGUAUUCUGCGGCUUGGUCCUCUUCACUCUUUACCAUCAGUGCGAUCCAGUCAAGGCGUCCGUUAUCAACAAGUACGAUGAGUUAAUGCCGUACUUUGUGAUGGACACAUUUCAUUACCUGCCUGGCAUAGCUGGGUUCUUCGUCACAGCCGUCUACAGCGGAUCACUCAGCACGAUGUCAUCAGGUUACAAUGCCUUGGCUGCAAUCACAUGGGAAGAUUUCCUGAAGCCUCAGCUGAAGCUGUCACCCAAGGGCAUCAUGUUGACGACGAAGGCAAUCGCUGCCGGUUACGGCAUCCUCACGGUGAUCAUCGCAUUCCUUGCCGGCAGCCUGCCUUCCGUCAUGUCGGCAACUUUCGUCACAACUGGAGCCUUCGGCGGCGCCUAUGGAGCCACCUUCUUCAUCGGUAUCCUAGUUCCAUGGUGCGGAAGCCGAUCUGCCUUGCUGUCUAUGGUCACGGGAAUGGCACUGUCCUUCUGGGUGUCGCUCGGAAGCAUGCUCUAUCCUGCAAAACCAGUGGCUGUCCGCAGUACGCUCGAGCAGUGCACGUUUAACUACACGACUCGGGUGCCCAUUCAUCGGACUGUUUACUCCGGAGGAAUAUACGACCUGUACCAUGUGUCCUACUUGUGGAUUCCCGUUAUCAGCUUCCUUACCACUAUCAUCGCAAACUUCCUCAUUACGCUCUUUUGCGGUUUCAAGAACUCGGCUGAUGUUGACCCGAGCCUAAUAGCACCGUUUAUGAGGAAGCUAUAUUCAAGAACGAGACCUACGGGGCACAAGGAACAAAAAUGUGGACCUCUGAAGGAGGAGAACAACGCCGGCGAGAAACUCCGCGAGAUCUCCAUCAUUUCGAACGGCAACGUGAACUACGCCAUGACCAAUGACGACGGCACGCAACACACAGCCAUGUAGCGAGCCACGAGGACACGGCAACCAAUCGUUUCCGCCGUUUGUGUACCACCUGUGAUUUACGUGAGCCACGAACUGAAAUUUAAGCGCGCGGGACUCCUCAAGUACAGUUCCGAGGACCCUGUAGCGGUGAUAGUACAAAGUAGCGAUGUCAUCCAAAGAUGCGGCAUGUAGAUGACUGCAAAAUGUGACGGGGGGCAUACGUGUCAACGAGGUGCACGGAGAAGUGCCAAGCGUUGAUAGAGCUUAUAACGGAAUCUGCGAGCGAUUGCGUUCCAAUCAUUCGCGCCAAGCGCGGCAGGCAUGGAGCGGUCGCGCUUGUUUUAUUGUUUACCUUACUUUACUUCACUCUUUAUUAGUUUCUCUUAGGAAUAUAAUGUCGAUUUUUAUUUUUUGCUGUAUUCUUGUUACCUAGAUAAUUUUAGUUUUCGUUGCGUUUUAGCGUGCAUCAUCAUUCUCAAACUGCUCAAUGUUGCAUAUUAGAAAUGUGUAACGUUUCUUUUUGUCACAAACAUCGCACUUUUUUAGCUGCACUCGCCACGUGCGUAAGAACGGUGCUCUCGAACGGAGCAAGCAGCUGGAACAUGGAAUACUCCGCCUUCCUGCACGGAACAUGUAUACUCUGCCUCCCUGUAGAGUCCAUGCCACAAUUGUAAAUACGCGUGUUUUCAUUUCAAACAUUGGUUCCUUGUUAGGUGCAGCGGAGCAUUACUCGUUCGGUUUCAGCGUGAUAGCAUCUUAGUGAGUUUCUAAAACCACGGGCAUUGUGCCUCUGCAACGAGAGCUUUACAGAAGGUUUUAAAAGCGAGUUUUUAUUGCCCACAUAAUCACGUGUAUUUAAUAUAUUCAGGCAAAUGUCGGCACAGUAGUCUUACUGUAAGGACAUCGCCAACAGAUUGGACCCGUCUCAGAUUUUAUGCAAUCCACCGAGAACUUUUUGGAAGUGCCUCGCGCUUGUGUGAACUGAAAUAUUUGUAGUUUGCCUAGACUGAAAUGCUAAGCCUUCCAGGCAAUACGUUUGUUCGCUUUCUUUAACUAUACCAAAUAACGCUCACUUGUUUUCAGAACAUACAUUUAUUAUCAUUACAUAUUCUCAGAGCUUUCGAAACAAGUAGAAAACAAAGCUACCCGCAUUCGCGUGAUACACUGGUAUUCGCUUAAAUUUCAUCGCGGCAUUCCUUGCAUAUCCAGCAUCUCUACGAGUGUAUAUUCCCCAUUUUUUGUCUAUACAAGCAUUUCUUUCUAUUUGAAUUACUAAGUAAUUUGAAGAUGUCAUAAAUUAUUUUUUUAAAUGUUGGAAAUGUUAAUUAUUCUUCAAUAUCAUCUGUCCGGCAUACACAAGUUUCGCGCCUUAUUUAAAAUGUAGAAAUUAACUUCAAGCCCACACUGACGUUCUGUUGCAUACCGAAACAACUCUUUUAACUGCAAUAGUUAUGUCUAUAACAACAUGUGAAUAGUAAAUAGCGCAUUUGUUGUGGAAAUGUUUUAUUGUAAUAAAUUGUCUGCAAAAUGUC